AUGGAGUCAAUGAGACGUAACGAGGCGAACACUAGCCACCACCCGAAUAAGGUGGCCCUGAAUAGCAGCAACGUAGCAACGGAAAGCAAUAUUAAGAAUAAUAAAUUGUUAGCUAAUUUAAGUGCGGCAGGAGCAGCUACAGCUACAACAACGGCAACAACAGCAACGACAGCAGGAGCAGCAGCAGCAACAACAAACGCAAACGCGGCGACAACAGCGAAUCAAGCGCUGAAUUUCAAUAACAAAACGAAGGCAACAACACAAGCGGCGAAUAAUCAGAGGAGCAACCACAACAACAACAACAAUUCUAGUGCGAUCAAGAAGCACACGAACACGAAACUAUCGGGUAAGAGCCCCGCUUGCAACUCCUCAUCGUCGUCGCUGUCCUCGUCGAGCAGCUCGAACUCGAGCGAGUCAAAGGACACGAACUUCGAGUACGAGGACGAGUGGAACAUUGGCGGCAUACCAGAGCUGCUGGACGACCUAGACGCGGACAUCGAGAAGUCGGCGGCGCAUUCUUCGGGUGGUGGCAACCAGGCUACCGCGCUAAAUGCCAAGCAGGCAACCACAGGCUCAUCCACUUCCUCCUCAUCAUCCUCGACAUCCAAGGGCGGCGCUUCAUCCUCGUCAUCCUCAGCGACAGCGGCAGCGUCUGGCUCAUCGUCAUCGUCAUCGCACAAAUCGCACAAGACCACAUUGCACAGCAAUUUGUCGGCCACAUCGCCAACCACAAUUAAGUUCACACGCCAGCCGGUGGCCAGUGGUGGAGCCAACGCCUCCUCCUCAAGCGGUCCCACCUCUAACAGUGGUGCGAACGCGGUGGCCAAGGGAUCUUCGUCUUCGUCCUCCUCAUCGUCCUCUUCCUCGGGGAAACAUCAUCACCACCACCACCAUCACUCCAACUCGAGCGGCGGCGGCAGCAGCAGCAGCAAUUCCAAGGGCUACAAGUCCGCAUUGGUGGCUCAACUGAACAGCCCGAGUCCACUGAACAGCAGCAGCAGCAGCUCGAAAUCCCACAGCGGAUUGGGCGGAGGUGGAAGCGGGAACGGGAACGGGAACGGAGCCGGUAACGGCAACGGAAACAACGGAGCAGCGGGAGCUGGAGCUGGCAGCACAUUGUCAUCCUCGACAUUUGCCGGCUUCUCCAAGGGCGGCAGCUUAGUAUCCUCGUCAUCCUCGCCAUCGGGAGCAGGAGCAGCUACAACGGCUGGCAGUGGUCAGCAGGGCGCCAAAUUCUCCGCUGGCGGUAUGUCCUCGCAAACGGGCAGCGGCAGCGGCGGCAACAACACAAGCAACAGCAACAACAACAACAACAACAACAGCAGCGGAAGUGGAAGCGGAAUCGGAGGCAGCAACAACAGCAGCAGCUCCGGCAACAGCACAGGCAGCAGCGGCAGCGGGAGCAACAACAACACAAGCGCAGGUGGGCCGCCGAGUUCGCAAGGCGGCAACAGCGGAAGCGGUAGCGGCAGCAGCUCCAGCUCCUCCAGUGGCAAAUCGAGUGCAAAGAUGUCCAUAGACCACCAGGCCACGCUCGACAAAGGACUCAAAAUGAAGAUCAAGCGCACCAAGCCGGGCACCAAGAGCUCGGAGGCCAAGCACGAGAUUGUGAAGGCCACCGACCAGCAGCAGAACGGAGCCCUGGGCGCCGGAUCCAAUAACUCGGCCAACGAGGACGGCAGCUCCGGCUCCGGUUCCAGUUCCACCAACUCGUCUUCCCUGGCGGGCAGCAAUUCAUCGAGCAACGCCAGCAGCGGCAGUUCCUCCAGCGGCAGCGGCAGCUCAUCUGGGAGCAGCAAAAAGCACCUGAACAACGCCAGCGCCGGCAGCGGCUCAUCCUCGUCCGGUGGUGGUGGCGGCGGAGGCGGAGGAGGAAGCCAGAGUAAUGCCGGUGGUCAUGCCAGCGGAGGGGGAUCCUCCAGCGGUAGUCAAUCCACGCCACAGGGCACCAAACGCGGCAGCUCUGGCCAUCGGCGCGAGAAGACCAAGGACAAGAACGCACAUUCCAAUCGCAUGUCCGUGGACAAGUCGGCGGCGGCGGCCUCGGCAGCCGGUGAGAAGGAUACGCCGGAGAAGGGCUCGGGAGCGGGCACUGGCGGAUCCCCGUGCUCAUGCAACGGUGAGAUUGGAGCCCCCUGCUCACAUCACGCCUGCGUCCGGCGCGCUGCCCACAUGUCCAACUCUGGCAGCAGCUCGAACUCCAGUGGCGGCGCUGGCCAAAACAGUAGUGGAUCCUCGUCCAUGUCAGCAGUACCGCCGGGCGUCUUCACACCCUCGGCUGGCUCACCUUCGGCGGGUUCACCCUCGGCCGUGGUGCCAGCAGCUGCCUCCCUUCUGGCAGCCGCCGGCGCAGCCUCUUCUUCCGCCUCGCAACAUGCCAGCAGUGGUGCUGGCGGUGUCGGCGGAUCCGGGGGUGCUGCCAAUGCUCCAGGACCUCCAGGAAAGGAUGCAUCCGGUAGCAUUAAAAUCUCCUCACACAUUGCCGCCCAACUCGCAGCGGCCGCCGCCUCCAAUAGCUACAGCGGGAGUGGCGCCAACUCGAAUCAGGGCCAGAACAGCUCAUCCGGCGGCGGUGGAGCUGAUGGCAAGACUGCGGCUGCGGCGCAGGCCAAGCUGAUGGCACCAGGCAUGAUCUCAGCCACCAUGCACCACACGAUCUCGGUGCCGGCGGGCAGCGCAGGAACGGGAGCCGACGAGGACACCAAAUCGCCACCCGCCAAGAGAGCCAAGCAUGAGGCUGGCAACAGUACGGCCAGCGGAACGGGCGCCGCAGGAGGUAACAAGGAGAUGGUGGACAUCUGCAUCGGUACCUCGGUGGGCACCAUCACCGAACCGGACUGCCUGGGACCGUGCGAGCCGGGCACCUCGGUCACCCUCGAGGGCAUCGUGUGGCACGAGACCGAGGGCGGCGUCCUCGUGGUCAAUGUGACGUGGCGGGGCAAGACCUACGUGGGCACCCUGCUCGACUGCACCCGACACGACUGGGCUCCUCCAAGAUUCUGUGAUUCACCAACUGAAGAAUUAGAUUCUCGUACUCCAAAGGGACGCGGCAAGCGCGGACGCAGUGCAGGCCUCACGCCUGACCUGAGUAACUUCACCGAGACCCGAAGUUCGAUUUAUUUCUCCCAUGCCCAAGUGCACUCGAAGCUGCGCAAUGGCGCCACCAAGGGACGCGGUGCGACACGGAGUGCCUCUGGCAAUGCGGCGGCAAGCAACAGCAACAGCAGUUCGUCGGGCAAUGGAGGCGGCGGCGGCGGUGCCACGCCUAGCACGUCACCAACGGCGUUCUUGCCGCCACGGCCCGAGAAGCGUAAGUCCAAGGACGAAGCACCCUCGCCGCUUAACGGAGACGCUGGUGAUGGAGGAGCGUCUGGUGGUGGCAUUGCUGGUGCCGGCGGAGUGAACAUGGUGAACGCCAGUGGCAUUCCCAUCUCGGCCAGCGGCGGUGGCCUGGCUACGCAGCCGCAGAGCCUGCUCAAUCCGGUGACCGGCCUCAAUGUGCAGAUCAGCACCAAGAAAUGUAAGACUGCCUCGCCCUGCGCGAUCUCCCCGGUGCUGCUCGAGUGUCCCGAGCAGGACUGCAGCAAGAAGUACAAGCACGCCAAUGGACUGCGGUACCACCAGUCGCAUGCCCACGGAGCGGGCGGCGGUGCCAGUUCAAUGGACGAGGACUCCAUGCAGGCACCUGAGGAGCCGGCAACGCCGCCGUCGCCGGGCGUGGCAGCGGGAUCUGGAGCUCCGGCAGUUUCAACAGCAGCGCCAGCCUCAGGCUCAGCGACGCCAACCGUGGCAGUCACCUCAAUUGCGCCCACCUCCAUUUCCAAUCCCGUUACCAAUGGCAGUGCUCCGCCCACGACAGCAGUGACUGGAUCAGCACCUGCGAUUGCCACUAGCAACACCUCAUCCUUAGCAGAGACUGCACCCUCGCCGGCAAUAGCUGUUCCUCCAGCAACUCCACCGGCGGCACCUUCCAUCUGCACGACGGCCCCAUCUGGUGCCUCCGAGCAGUCACCAACGUCAGUAAUGCCGCUUGGUAAUCUUCCACUGGCUGCAGCAGGUCCGAAUACCACGACACAGCAGCAACAGCCGCCAAACCAGCAACAGUUGCUCACCCCAGGAGGCGGUGCUGCAAGCAACCAGCAACAGCAGCAGCAGCAGCAAGCACCAGUGGCCGGUGGCAGCAUCACUGCUGGCAUCUCGGGACAGGCCCUGUCGCAGCACCAGCAACAGCUAAUGGGUGGCUUGCCAGCCAUGCUGUCGGAGCAGCAGCAGGCCUUGCUGCAGCAAGGAGCACUCAAAGCGGGAGUCCUUCGGUUUGGACCACCAGAGGCGGCUUCUCUACAGCAGCAGCAACAGCAGCCUGGCCAGCCUCCGGUUAAUCCACAGACGCAACAGUCGCCUCCAAGGCCGCCUAGUCACGUCCAGGAUCAGCAGCAGACGCCAGCGAGUUACGCCCAGCAAGCUGGCAUAAAGACCUCGCCCGGUUUCGGCUCGGUGGGAGUAGGAGUGGGAGUCGGAGUAGGCAAUGCAGGCAGCAAGCAAAAGAAGAACCGAAAGUCACCCGGUCCCGGGGACUUUGAAGGGCGCGUAUCACGCGAGGAUGUGCAGAGUCCGGCCUACAGUGAUAUUUCCGACGACUCCACGCCCGUGGCCGAGCAGGAGCUGCUGGAUAAGUCUGUCAGUCAGGCAGCUGCAGCGGUUAAGCACAUCGAGUUGAUGGGCAAGAAGCCACCCGAUGUGGGUGUGGGUGUGGGCGUUCCACCAGCCCCGGCACCCAACAUGUACGUCCCGGGAAUGUACCAGUUCUACCCGGCACAGCAGACGGGACCUCCGCCGCCGCAACAGCAGCCCCAACAGCCGCAGUACUUGGUGCAAUCGGAGCCAGGCAAGCCCCCAGGCUUGCCGCCUGCUCUCACCCAACAGCAGCAGAUGCAGCCGGGAGCCCCGCCGCCUACCUCACAGCCUCAGAGUCACUUGCUGGGCCCGCCCAGCCAGCAGUCGGUAGCUGCUCACCUGGCGGACUACAGCAGUGGAAAGAACAAGGACCCGCCACUGGACCUGAUGACGAAGCCACAGCAGCAACCGGGUCAGCAGCAGCCACCGCCGCAUCAGCAGCAGGGCCAGCAGUCGGGGCCGGAAAACAAUGGCAAGGAGAGCGGAGCACCGCCCACCUCGCAGCCGGGAUCCCAGCAGCAGCAGCAGCCGCCGCCGGUGAACCUCAGUGCAGUGGCUGGUCCGCCGCCAGGAGCUCUGCCACCUGGCCUGGGUGGCAUCUCGGCGCUGGGAGCAGCAGGUCUGGGUGUUCCUGGACCGGGCAAGGGCAUGCCCCACUUUUACCCCUUCAACUUUAUACCGCCUGCUUAUCCGUACAACGUGGACCCCAACUUUGGGCCAGUCUCCAUUGUGGCGUCAGAGGAGGCCGCCAAAUUGGGUGGACACCCCGGCCUGCCUCCUAGCUCACAGGCGCAACAAAUGUCAGGUAUCAGCAUUAAGGAGGAGCGCCUCAAGGAGAGCCCCAGUCCACACGAUCAGCCCAAGCACAUGCCCCAGCAACAGUUAUUGGCCAAUAAGCUUAUCAAGCAAGAGCCAAUGACCAAGCAGGAAAUUAAGCAGGAACCCAACUCGAACCCGGGCCAGCAGCAUCCACCACCUUCGCAGCAGCAGCAGCCGGCUCCGCAGCCCCAACAACAGCAGCCGCCGCCUCCACAGCCCCAGCAGCCGCACGCUCUGCAUCCCAAGGAUCUGCAGGCACUGGGCGCUUAUCCCGCCAUCUAUCAGCGUCACUCCAUGAACCUGGCAGCAGUGCAACAGGCGCGUGAUGAGGAGCUGAGAAGGUACUACAUGUUCACGGGACGACAAAACCAGGCAGCUGCCGCUGCUGCUGCGGCAGCUCAGAGUGCCGCCAGUGGUGCUGGUCCUGGUGGUCUUCCGCCGCAUCCCGGCAUGAUGCAUAAGGAUGAGCCCGGCAUGGGCAACCCGCAAUCUCAGCAGCAGCAGCAGCAACAGCAACAACAGCAGCAGAUGCAAAUUGCUCAGCAGCAACAGCAGGCGAUCCAGCAGCACCACCAGCACCUGCAGCAGCAACACCAGCAGCAGCAGCAGCAGCAGCAACAACAGCAGCAGCAGCAGCAGCAACAACAACAGCAGCAGCAACAGCAGCAGCAGCAGCAAAAGCUGAAGCAGUCGCAGGCUGCAAGUGCGGCGGCCAACAACAAGGCCACCAAUUUGACAAAGGAUUCGCCAAAGCAAAAGGGAGGCGGCGAUGACGAGCAGCAACCGCUGAAGGUGAAGCAAGAGGGGCAGAAGCCAACGAUGGAAACCCAGGGUCCACCACCACCGCCCACGUCACAGUACUUUUUGCAUCCCUCGUACAUCUCGCCCACACCCUUCGGCUUCGAUCCGAAUCAUCCCAUGUACCGCAACGUGCUAAUGUCAGCGGCCGGACCAUACAAUACGGCGCCGUAUCACCUGCCCAUUGCACGCUACCACGCCCCCGAAGAUCUCUCACGCAACACGGGCACCAAGGCCCUGGAUGCCCUGCAUCAUGCGGCCAGUCAGUACUAUACCACCCACAAGAUCCAUGAGCUCAGCGAACGGGCCCUCAAGUCGCCCACCAGCGGCAGCGGCCCCGUCAAGGUGAGCGUCAGCAGUCCCAGUAUCAUCGGUCCACCCCAACCAGGCGGCGGACCCACGAGCAGCGGCCCAGGAUCCGGACCAGUUUCCGGUGUCCUCGGCCCCGGCAGCGGCGGCGGUCCAAGCCAGCAGCCCGGCUCGACACCUGGGUCUGCGGGCGGUGUGCCGCUGAACCUACAGCCACCACCCGGAGCAAUGGGCCCGGCGCCCGGCAGCAAGCCGGAUCUGUCCGGACCCAAGGGACAUGGCGGAGUGCCGACAGGCUCUUCGCUGGACGGCCACAAGCAGUCAAUGGCCGGCGGUCCGCCGCCGCAAGGACCAUCGGGCAAUGGAGCCAUCGGCGGCGGCGGCGGAGUAGGAGGUGCUGCCGGCAAUGGUGCGACAGGAGGCGGUGCAGGUGCCGCCGACUCGCGCAGUCCGCCACCGCAGCGCCAUGUGCACACGCACCACCAUACGCAUGUCGGCCUUGGCUAUCCCAUGUACCCGGCGCCCUACGGAGCUGCUGUCUUGGCUAGCCAGCAGGCGGCUGCUGUAGCUGUGAUAAAUCCGUUUCCGCCGGGUCCGUCGAAAUGAGAACCACUGAAUGGCAGCAACGAGAAGAAGGCGUACAACGUGAAGAACAACUAGCCUGGCCCGGACGAGGAGUGGAGCGGAGGAAGAAGGCUGUGGCAAGCCAACCUCUUCCCAACGUCAGAACCCUUCGCAGUCUCGGCUGCCUCUAGAGUCUAGACAGACGACAGACACACAGAAUCGACUAUUUCUAUGCAUAAGUAUUUUUUUGUAUGUUUCGUUCAACGUGGUUAACUAUAACUAGCCUAAGGUAUCACUACUAUUACCACAUACAACCUAUACAUAUAUAAAUAUAUAUAGCAUUACAAUACCUAUAGCGACUUUUUCCUAAGUGUAUUUUAUAUUUAUAUCAUACGAGAGAGGCGUAAACCGAACAUGAACAAAAAACAGAUAACAGAUAUAGAGCAGAAAGCAAAGCGAAGCAAACAAAUCCAAUACCGUAGUAGAGUGCAUUAAUUUCUUAUUGUAAAAAUAAAUAGAUUUGACGAAAGGAAACGAAAUUGUAUGGAUAUUGUUUAAACUAAAUCGAAAUCGAAGUGAUUCUGAUUAUAUAUAUAUGAUUAAAUUAUGAAUGUAGGAUGUACGAGAAGAGUAGCAUUUAGACUAUGUAUUAAUUAUCCCCAUCUGUGUUGCGGAUGGAGCUGCGCGAGAUUUGCAUCUAAAAGACAAA